GCUGACGGGGUGGGGAGAGCGCGCGCGCUCGGGGAGUCGGACGGUGUCGGGACGGUCUGCGGGCUCCUCGAGCUCCCCGGCGCCGAGUCCUUCGCGGGAGACCGGGGCUGAGGGUCGGGAGGACCCGGCGCCAGGGCCGGAGCGGCGGGUAGGGCUGAGCUGAGGGGAGCCGCUCGGGACGCCCCCACCCCCGGGCGCCUCAGUGGUGCGGGCCGAGGGAGGGACUCGCGGCUGCGGGGCUCGCGCCGCUGUCAGUGCGGCGGGGCGCGCGAGCGGCGCGGGACGCUGAGCCGGCGGAGCCGAGGGGGCGACUCCGGCGCGUGUGCUCGGCUUCGGCUCCUCACGACGCGGCGGCGGGGGCGGCCUUCCCGCUCCCCCCUCCUCCUCUCUUCCGUCUCGAGCGCAGCGGCGCCGCCUCCGUCCCCGCGGCGCGGCUCCCUCCAGACCUUCCUGCGCCGGAGAACCCUUCUCCCAGAGACAGCUGGUGUUGAUCCUGUAUCUCAAAGGAGGAAAUUACUGACUGACCUCAGCCUUGGUAUUGGUAACCACCAUGUCCUUGAAGAUUCAAGCAAGCAAUGUAACCAACAAGAAUGAUCCCAAGUCUAUCAACUCUCGGGUCUUCAUUGGAAACCUGAACACAGCCCUGGUGACCAAGUCAGAUGUGGAGACCAUCUUCUCCAAGUAUGGCCGUGUGGCUGGCUGUUCUGUGCAUAAGGGCUAUGCCUUUGUCCAGUAUGCCAAUGAGCGUCAUGCCCGGGCGGCAGUGCUGGGAGAGAAUGGGCGGGUACUGGCUGGACAAAACUUGGACAUCAACAUGGCUGGAGAGCCCAAGCCCGACAGACCCAAGGGAGUAAAGAGAGCAGAAACUACCAUAUACAGGCUCUUUGACUAUCGGAACCGCCUGUCACCAGUGCCAGUACCCAGGGCAGUCCCUGUGAAGCGACCAAGGGUCACAGUCCCUCUGGUCAGGCGUGUCAAAACCACCAUACCUGUCAAGCUCCUGGCCCGUUCUCCAGCCAAUACACCAGGCGCAGGCAAGAUCAAAUUAAAGAGCAGUGAGCUGCAGACCAUCAAGACAGAGCUGGCACAGAUAAAGUCCAACAUUGAUGCCCUGCUGGGCCGCUUGGAGCAGAUCGCUGCAGAGCAAAGGGCCAACCCAGAUGGCAAGAAGAAAGGUGAUAGCACCAGCACUAAUAGUGGUGGUACCAGUGGCAAUGGCAGUGGUGCCAGUGGCAGUGGCAAUAGUGCUGGUGCCAGUGCCAAUGUCAGCGGCAGCGGCAAUGGUGGUGGAAGCAACCGACCACUGGCCCCCAAAGAGGAUACAACUUCUGAAGCAGGUGUGCUCCAAGGGGAAAGACAGGCUCGAGAAGGUGAUGAGGAGGGACUGCUGACACACAGCGAAGAGGAACAGGAGCACAGCCAGGACACAGAUGCAGAAGAUGGAACCUUGCAGUAAACAGCCUGACAGCAGCGAUGACCACCUACAGGAGAAGUAUAUGCACUGCCUCAGGCCUUGAGUUGGGCACCCACCCCUGGACGCCACCCCCAGCGGGUCCCAGAGGAGCUGGCAGCAGGCACCUCCUCCCCCACACAUCCCAGCCAGUGCCACAUCCUGUGUAUGUGGAGUUACCGACCUCUCCUCCCCACAUACCCUGUCAGCACUGCCUAGAACAGAAGGCAGAGCACAGAGGUUUCCCCACAUUCUGCCUCCCCUCCCUGGGACACUCCCAGGCUUGGGCUUUUUCUAUAGAUGAGGGUGGGGGGAUAUAGGGGGGGGACCCUGAAAAUAAAGAGAUUGGAUUCCAA